AUGAAUUUACAAACAAUUUGCCUGUCUUUUCUCAUAUGCAACUAUUUUGCUAUUGUGGGUUCAGUAAAUGAUGAAGGUUUAGCUCUUUUGUCAUUUAAACAAUCCAUAGAAAACUACACAAAUGGCUAUCUGAAUAACUGGAACUCUUCAGACAUAAGCCCAUGUUCAUGGAAAGGAGUUCAAUGCAGAGAAGGCAGAGUUGUCGCUCUCACCAUUCCAAACGGGAAACUUGUGGGGUUUCUUCCCACUGCUCUUGGAAACCUCACAGCUCUUCGCCAUGUUAAUCUUCGGAACAACAACUUCUCUGGAAUUUUGCCGGCCGAGUUCUUUGAUGCAAGAGACCUACAAAGCUUGGUUCUUGCAGGAAAUUCCUUAUCUGGGCCUAUUCCUCCUGAGAUAGGUAAGCUCAAGAAACUGCAAACCUUAGAUCUUUCGCACAACUCAUUUAACGGUUCCAUUCCUUCAUCUCUUGUUCAAUGCAAGAGAUUAAACAUGCUUCUCCUUGCUCACAACAAUUUAACUGGUCCGCUUCCUGACGGGUUUGGAACUAGUUUGGUAACCCUUCAGAAAGUCGAUCUUUCCUUCAACAGACUCAGCGGUUCCAUUCCUAGCACCAUGGGAAACUUGUCAAGCUUAAAAGGAACACUCGAUCUGUCGCACAACUUCCUCAGUGGUCAUAUCCCAGCAAGCCUAGGGAGCCUUCCUCAGACAGUAUAUAUUGAUCUCAGUUAUAACAAUCUUAGUGGACCUAUUCCACAAAACGGCGAUCUGUCUAAUAUAGGACCUACAGCUUUCAUUGGCAACUCUUUGCUCUGUGGAGCUCCAUUAAAGAUUCCAUGCGCUGCUGAUUCUCAAUCAUUAUUUCAUUUCCCAUCUCAAAAUUCUGGCGGCGGGUCUGGCAAGAAUGGGAAAGGCAGUGACCCAAGUUUGGGUACUGUGAUCGCAAUUGCUGCCAGUGUCAUUGUGGGAAUAUGCCUUGUUUGGUUGCUGGUCUCCUAUCGGCACAAAAAGAUUUCUGCCCAUAAAGGUGUACAUGUUGGUGGCUGUAGUUUCGAGAAAGCAUUGAUGGUUAGAAAAGAGUUUUUCUGCUUUGCAAAAGAUAAUCCAGAGAGCUUACCAGAAAAUAUUGAGCGUUACAAUUUUGUGCAAUUGGAACAGCAGCCUAAUUUUGAUCUAGACCAACUUCUGAAAGCAUCCGCUUUUCUUCUGGGUAAGAGUGGAAAUGGGAUUGUGUAUAAAGUUGUUCUUGAAGGUGGGCCUAUCUUGGUAGUAAGAAGAUUGGAAGAAGAUGGAGGCUCUCAAAGGUUUAGGGAGUUCCAGGCUGAAGUUGAAGCCAUCGGAAAAGUUAGACAUCCCAAUAUCGUCACUCUUCGAGCUUAUUGCUGGUCUGUCGACGAGAAGCUGAUCAUCUAUGAUUAUAUACCCAAUGGUGACCUUGCCACUGCUGUCCAUGGGAAAGCUGGAACAGUGCCUUUCAAACCACUUUCAUGGCCUUUACGUUUAAGAAUCAUGAAAGGAAUAGCAAAAGGUUUGGCCUAUCUCCAUGAAUUCAGUCACAAAAGGUAUGUCCAUGGAAAUCUAAAGCCUAGCAACAUACUUCUUGGGCAGAACAUGGAACCCCAUAUCUCUGAUUUCGGACUUCGCCACUUGGUUAAUAUAGACAGAGAAUCCCAAACAUUUGACUUGGAACAAAUGACUAAUGGAACACCACAAAGCAAUUCUCCAUGUGAAUUUCUACCGUUAAGUCCUUCAGUAACAGCGGGUUCUUGUUAUCAAGCUCCUGAAGCGUUGAAAGGAAGCAGGCCAUCACAAAAGUGGGAUGUCUACUCAUUUGGAGUGAUUUUACUAGAGAUGAUUUCUGGAAAAUUUCCAAUAAUAAAGAUGGGAUUUCUGGAAGUUAAUCUAGUUCAAUGGAUUCAGCUCAGCAUUGAGGAAAGGAAGCCGCUCUCCUGUGUCUUCGACCCAUUCAUGGCUCAUGACAUCGACAAGGAGGAGGAGAUAGUCGACGUAGUUCAAAUUGCUCUAGCCUGCGUUCAGAAGAGCCCUGAAAGGAGACCUUCCAUGAGGUAUGUUUGUGAGAAUUUGGAAAGAUUGGCUUCAUCCACUUACUGA